AUGUCUCUCGAACCUCUUGCCUUCCAUUCAAUUUGCGAGAGCCCAUCCUUCAACAUGGCUCGCCAAGGCGAUUCAUCUGCUAGCGCAAACUCUCCGUUAUCCCCUCUCACUUUCAGACCUCGAUCUUCUCCUCCGUCGGCGACGGGCUCCGGCUCUCUGCGCCCUAGCUCUGCCAAGAGGAUCUCCUCCAACCCCAAUCCAAAUCAGCUGCUAAGCCCCAGCGAUUUGGUCGGUCCUUCGCCUGUUACUUCAAACGGCACAGAAACUACCGAAAUCGAGGAUGAUGUCGCCGAUGACCUGCUUAGUCCCCAAGACGGUGACCCCACACAAAACACUGAGCUUUUACCUCUUACUACAACUCUUUCUGAUAGCGUCCAUCAGCAGGGCACAGAAGAGUCAAACUCCGUUAUCCAUGCUCCCGAGAGCUUCCGGAGCUGGGUAGGCGAGGAUCAAUUGCUCCUCGACCAAACUGGCGAAAGAUCAUCACCGAAGUUGGAUGCAGCCAAGUUGCCUUCCAGCCCCCCAAGCGCCUACCAUGAUCUCCCUCCCGUAAAGACGGACAUCAAGCCUGUGAGGUACAGCCUGGACAGUGCCACCCCGCGCGCCCAAGACCUUCAGGACAUGCUAUCGGAAAGCAGUCGCUUGCGCUCCAGCAGCACAAGCAGCCUCGAAAAAAUCGAGGAGCAGACGGAAGCCGAAGGUGAUGAUGAUGAUGACCUCUAUUCCGACGGCGAAGGACUUUUCGGCAGGGCGCAGCUUCGAGGACAACACAAUGAGAUAGAACGACUCAAUCUUUUGUUUAACACAGCAUGGACCUGCUGUCUCGAAUUCGGCAGCUACAACACACGGCGCAGAAAGCGAGAUUUAAACAGCUCUUCAGUCUCCGAUACUCAUGUUUAUGCCUGGCAGACGUGUUGGAAGCUCUGUGAGCGACUUAAAAACGACGAAAGCAGCGAGAAAGAUUCUCUCAAUGUCCGUGACGGCUUGAAUUUGUGCCGCAAAUUCUGCCAGGCGUUAUUCGAACUCCGCCCAAGAAAGGAUGAGGUAUUCGACUCCAUGCUGCGCGUCAUUUUUGAAUUGAACAACCAUCUUUACAGUGGACAAGAUAACCGAAACCUCCCCGAAGAGUUCAGAGAGCGGACCCUUGACUUUUACGUCACCAUCUGUCACCGACUGAUGAAGCAACGGACCACUUUGCAGGACGACUCGGACAGAAUUUUGAAGGCCUGCUGGUCCUUGACAGAAGUUCUCUUCAGUAUUCGUCAAAAUCGACGAGACGGGAAUCCUGCAGACGAGAACCUUCUUGUCGCUGCUAUUGAAGCUACUUACAAUCUUAACGACUUGUUCCGCGAAGGACUCAGUGCAUCCAGGUCCGAGAGAAGCACGCCCCGGCCCAGCCAGACGAGCUUCUCCUAUCCUUCUCCGGAACACACGGGCAGGGAAAGUCGUUCUUCCAACCAUUCCUCGCGCUCCAAGAGAGAUACUAGCAGCAAAGGGUCAUCAUACCAAGAAGAACGGCCAAGAAAGCCGUCCAAGGUGCCCGAGACCCCAGUCACCGAGUUUGAAGAUACUCCAAUUUCUCCGGAGAGCCGAUCCCCUCAGAUGCCCAACAUCAUGGUGCUUGGUCCUAGCAGCGAUGGUGGUCGAGGCAGUCGCUGGCCCAGUAGCGCUUCCAACUUGUCCAGCUACUCCCACAACAGUAACCGAACAUCGAGCACUGCCACCACAACUACGGCUACCGAGGACCUCAACGUGACACGCGCCAAAGUUCUCGUUUUGCGCGCCGCUGUUCAGCUUGGAUUCAACAAGGAGGCUAUUGUAGAUGUAAAAACGGGCAAUACGGCACUGCAGAAAUUUGUAUCGGAACUGCAGCCUGGAGCGUUUGGUUCUCUUGCCACGCAUGCCACUUUGCUACAGCAGUACAAAGAGUCCAUUCUGACCGAUGGCUUCGUUCCGCGAAGCAGCUUUGUGCUGUCCUCGCGGACGAAGAGAGUGUCUGUUCAAGACUUGGCCAAGUCUGUGCAGAUCAUGAUCAGCACAUCCCAGUCCCGAUAUGGCUACUUGAGAGAGCUGUUCAAAUUUGUGUGCAGCUUUCCGCUCGAAGAGGCAGAUUCUCGACGCAACCUCAUCAUACAAGUCUGA